UCUUAAAUAUCACGGAUGCUGCAAUUUUACAUAUAUGUGGUUGUGUACUUCUCCAUCCUGUAUAUUCGCUAUCACGCUGGCAUUGUAACCCAUGAAAUGCUUUCUCUACCAAAGACGCCGUUUCUAGCUGUAGGACUGCUAGAAGCUCUAGGAGCCGCAUCUGGCAUGGCAGCUGGAGCUGUUCUUUCCGGGGCUUCAAUUCCAAUACUAUCGCAGACCUUUCUUGUUUGGCAGCUUAUCUUGUCGGUUAUUUUUCUGAGGAGACGAUACAAGUCCAACCAGCUACUAGGAUGCUUACUUGUUGCUAUUGGUGUCAUUAUAACUGUAGCAAGUGGAUCUGGUGCAAGCGUUUCGCUUAAAGGCUCUGGGAUAUUUUGGCCCCUUUUGAUGAUUACUUCAUUUUUGUUUCAAGCUGCCGACACAGUUUUGAAGGAGAUAAUAUUCUUGGAUGCUGCAAAGAAGCUGAAGGGAGGAACGGUUGAUCUUUUUGUUGUCAACUCGUUCGGAUCUGCUUACCAGGCAUUCUUUAUAUGUCUUCUUCUACCCCUUUUGUCUAAGUUGUGGGGAGUUCCAUUCCAUCUCCUGCCUACAUACAUAAGAGAUGGUGCAGCUUGUUUUCUCAAUAUAGGAUCAUUAUCGGCUGGAUGUGAAGGAGCACCGCUGCUGCCGCUUCUCUUUGUAAUAGUUAACAUGGCAUUCAACAUAUCUUUGCUACACCUUCUCAAAAUGUCUUCUGCAGUGGUAUCUUGCCUUGCUUCCACAUUUUCAGUUCCGUUGUCCAUCUACGCAUUCACACUGCCCUUACCAUACAUCGGAGUGGCGUCAUCGCUCCCAGCGGGCUUCGUUGCUGGUGCUGCAGUUCUCGUUGCCGGCUUAUUCCUCUAUUGCUUGACUCCGCUGCAGAGUCCGCCCGAACAAUCGCAACCACCGCAGCUGCUCCAAGGGUAGGGGUUAUAUUUCAUCCUGCUUCCGACGGGCGCCUCCCUUUUUGUUCCCUUCUCCCAUUUAUUUCCUCUUCACAUGUAAAUUUGUGUUUGAUCUUUGGCCGUGGGCAGAGCAAAAGUUCUCCCUAAGGCCUCUUCCCAGAAAAUAAUUCACUCAUCCUAUGAGGGGAAGAAUCAAAUACAACAUUGAUGGAAAUAGUAUUUGAUGUAGAAGAACCAACAAAUAAUCAGUAAGUGAUAAGAAGGAAUCUGUCUUUUAGUCGCUUUCCAUUUUUAUCAUCUUUCCUCUCCUUUCCUUUAAUGCUUCUGGAAGUAAAGGUGAAAGAGGAAAAGAGACAAAUGAGAGGUGUUUGCGGUCGCGAGAUACGUACCGAUGGAUGUUUUGUUUCAUUGCGGAAAGUUUGCGUUUCCGAAGGUGUUGUGAGAGGGGGCGAAAGCGAGAAAGGCGAGCAGCAGCACCAUCCCGACGGGCACUAAGAGGAGCAGCGACGGUGGCGGCGGCAGCGGAGGAAGCACCAAAGGGAGCAGUAGAAGAAUUGCCGCCAGCACCACCACCAGCAGCACUGCAUCCGAGCCGAAAUGACCUGCCAUCAAACCUUCCUCUCUUGCUCCUCCUAUCUGCGCUCUCUUCGCCUUCGAGGAGGGGGUGAAAAGAGGCUCAAACAGAUCGUCCUAUCGACCUUAAUCCCUCCAGUUUCGUUCUUGAUUUCUCUGUGUCAUCUCUCUUUAUCUCUGUUGCACAUGUGUAUCUUGCCUUGUAAGUACCAAGGAAAGGGGACAACUAAGAAUUGGACAUAAAAGAGAUGCAGGAAUCAUCAAAGAAAGAAAUGGACAUAAAGUGGUGCAGGAAUCAACGUAGGAGGAUCGACGGAAAUCUUAAGCUAUACGGUGGUAUGGAUUAAAUCGAAAGUAUUCUCCGCCUUCGGAAAUCUCAAGAUCGAACUUUUCAUUUUUCUGUCGUAACGGGAAAGAAUACUCGAAAUUUAAACUGCAACCGAUACAAAUGUCGAAUAAUUUAAUCAUCUGCACGUUACAGAUUA